CCGGCGCCGCGCAGGCGCGGUGGAGCCGCUCCGACGGGCGGUUCCCCUUUAAGGAGAUGCGGCCGGUCCGCGCAGGCGCGGUGGAGCCGAGGCGGCGGCGCCGGUGUCGGGGGGGAGAUGGGGAAGCGGGACAACCGAGUGGCCUUUGUUAAUCCAGUAGCUCUUGCAAGAGCUCGUGGUCCUGCUCCAUCAUCAGGACCUUCUAUACAAGAUUACUUGAGUCGACCAAGACCUACUUGGGAAGAAUUAAAAGAGCAGCUGGAAAAGAAGAAGAAAGGUUCUAAAGCCCUUGCAAAUUUUGAAGAGAAAAUGAACGAGAAAUGGAGAAGAGAACUUGAUAAAAAUAGGGAGAAGAUACUUGGAAGUGAAAGUUCAUCCAAAAGGAAAGAGAAAAAAAGAAAGGAAAAGAAGAAAAGUAGGCCGUCUUCAUCAUCUUCCUCCUCAUCAUCAAGUUCUGAUUCUUCCAGCAGCUCUUUGGACACUGACAGUGAGGAUGUAAAGAAACAUGUUAAAAAGAAACGGAAGAGAAAGCAUAGCACUGUGCGAAAAUCCUCAGAAGACUCCCAAAUAGAUUGUGACGUGGAUAGUAAGGAAACUACAAAGAAAAAGAAGAAGAAAAUCAAAGAGGAAUCUGAAAAAGAACGAGAUAAAAAGAAGAAAAAACGGGAUCACACACUGCGAAGAUCGGAGGAAUCUGGCUCAGCUGAAGAGAAUGAGGCACAGUCAAGGAAAAAAAGAAAUAAUGAAGAGAAAGACAAAUCUGCGGAGAAGUUAAAGAAGAAGAAGAAGCACAAGAAACAUGGAAAAAAGAAAAAAGUGUGUAGUUCAGACCUGGAGUCAGCGUGAGGUGAGAGUGAAUGGAAAGUAUUUAAAAAAAAUGGAACUUCAGGUUCUUUGAAUUAAGCAAGCUGCACGGCAAAGACCUUAAGAGUUGAGGACACUGACUUGGACACUACUUGCUGCAUGAUAUUCCAAACUCUGCUUGCAUUUGCAAACAUUUGUAACUUUAAAAGUUGUUUUUAUUUAUGGAAGGUGAUGAACAACAAAUGCAUCUUUUUGUAGGGUUCAAGAUUUUCAACUGUAAACAUUUUUGAUAGUCCCUUGUUAGCUUGUUUAAAGUGUGUGAUGAUCCAACUGUAUUGCCCACUGUAUGAACCUAAACAUAACUGACAACUUCCAAUUUAUUAGCAGUUCCAUUUUACCAUGGCUUUGGCUGACUAAAGGAACUGAUGCUUGUUAAUCCAUACUAGAAUGUUAUUUUUGUAUAAUUUCUUGAUCCUUUUAGCUCAACAGGCCUAAGUUUUCAGUUCUUAGUUUGAAACUUGUUUCUAAAUGAGAAGUAGAGUAUCAUUCCUUCUUAAAAUAUUGAUCUGAGAGUUUUAUAACUUUGUAAAAUAUGUAAAAUAAACCUAAAAAUAUCCA